UUACAAACCCCUAAACGGGGCCCCUAAAAACCGGCGCUUCUCCCGCCCCUAGAAUCAAGCCCCACUGGCCAAGGUCGAUUAUUUCAUUUUGUUCUCGUUCUUGGGAUUUUCUCCCACAACUUUGACCAGUUUUACAACUUAGUACAGAGUACUACUAUGUAGUAUCUCCAUUAACAUUGCUGAUCUUCCUGCUUAUAUCCUUUGUGUCUUUUUAUAUCUUUUUUAUAUCUUCCCUUUACUCCGGCCCACCCACCACACACGCGACAGUUUAUGGCCUCUCCGGCUGCUUCCUUCUCUCAUCGCUAAUCCUCGCAUCUCUAUGUCUCUCCCCCCUCGUUCCUCCUCAAUCCUUCUCCACGUUUUAUUCUUCGACUGUUCCUGCCCAUGGAGAUUCACACGACCGUAUUUGCUCCGGUGAUGGCUCCCCCGUCGCCCUCCUCGUCCUCUUCCUCCUCCUCUUCCGCCGCCGCCGCAUCUUCUUCCGCAGCUCCCGCAGUUGCUCCUCCUUCUGCCUCCGCGACGACGACGCCCUCUACAGCUCUUGCACCAGCCUCGACACCUUCAGGCCAAGAACCGAAGAAGCGAGUUCGCCGAUGGCACCAUCGGGGAUUCACCGGGUGUUCCACCUGUCGUCGACGUCAUGUCCGCUGCGAUGAAGCUUCGCCGUCGUGCCGGAAUUGUACUCGCUUAGGACUCGAAUGCGAUGGCACUCAGGGCCGGAUGACCUUCAAGGUCUAUGGGCCAUCACAGGCCUCGCAGGAUACUACGUCUAAGCCAGCACCGAAGAAGCGCGGCAAAAAGGCCGCCGGUGCGAAUGAGUCUGUCGCCACCGGCAAACAGGCCAUCAUUAAGAAAGAAGACGAUGAGGAGGAUAAAGGCGGCGUGGAUGCGGUCGUGGUAUCGCCAACUACCGUUUCUCAACCCGCCUCUACUCGAUACCAAUUCCAAGAUCCUUUCCGGCUGGUGACGAUGAACAAUCCUUUAGACACCAAGGAUGUCCGGUAUUACUCGCACUUCAUCGACCAGGUCGCAUCGUUACUCCUAAUCUACGAUAAUAAUAUCAAUGUCAACCCGUACCGGCGGUAUUUCCCAGAAAUGGCGCGCGACUCGCCAUCCAUGGCCAGUGCGAUGCAGGCUCUUGGGGCGUUACAUUUGGCCAAUACGUCGCAGGGUCAGCAGCGGAUUGAACAUUUCCAGCAGGCCAUGGGACAGUAUGGGGAGGUUGUCAAGUCGUUCCGGACGAGAUACACCGAGCCUGAUACUCGAUUAGGAUUGAAUGAUUUUGCGACUUGUUUAUUAUUAUCUUUGUUCGAGAUGAUGGACUCGCAACACGAUAAUUGGACCAUUCACCUGAAAGGCGCCCGUGAAAUUUACAAAAUCCUCUUUUUCCAAAAGUCAACCGAUCCCACCCAAGAAGCCCAGCGACUCACCGAAAUGAACCACCCCCUCCGACACUUCCUCAUCUCCCUCCUCUCCUAUCUUGACGUGGCCGGCGCCUGUGCGACCAGCGACGGCACCGUCGUCGAAGGAAGCUACUGGCGGCAAUACGCAGGUGGCUGGGAAUACAACUUGGGCAUUCCCAGUCUAUCGUCGAGCACACUGCCGAGUGAGCAGAUACUAGUCGAGUUACGGAACUGCUGGUCGGUAAUGAUGGAGAUCCAAGCAUCGAUCAGUUCGUUCGGACGAGCCAAACACGAAAACCAACUCGCACCGGCGCAGCAAGACAUGAUCUACGGCAACCUGCUCAACCGCCUCCUGAACUGGCGGGCAACAGCGCCUGAAUGCAUGCAGAUGCUGGGCGGACUCGACGACGCUAGUCUAGAGCACUAUCCCUAUUUAGAAAUUCUCGAGUACGCGGGAUGCAUCGAAGCGUACGAAAAAGCGACCGUGAUCUACCUACACAAAGUGGCAGCAGCGAACCGCCCCGAGCGGCAAACCGAAGGCCCAUUACUACAGAUGCUGGCCUCGCGGAUCCUACAAUUAAUCGAAAAAUGCGCUAACGGCGUGGGACGGCUAGCUGCUCUAUGGCCUCUAUUCACGGCGGGUCGCGAAACGCACGAUGUGACGGAGCAAGCGUAUGUGCAGCAGACGAUGCAGGAGCUACAGCGCUACGGGUUCAAAAACGUCGAAAAAGGGCUGGAAGAACUGGAGCGGGUGUGGUUCAAGCGACGGAUGUUCCCCGAGGGUUGGAUCGAGACGAUGGACGAUAUCCGCACGUCGGUUUUAAUCCCUUAAGUCUCCCUUCUUCUUUUCUUUUCUCUUCUCUUCAUAUUUUUCUUUCAUUCUAUAGAGUAUUUAUUUAUUGUAAAUAGGCGUUGGGUGGGAGGGCUGGACCCUUACGAGCAACGACUGUAUAGCGUGAUAGACAACAACAAUGUCCUUCUACAAGUACUCCGUACAUCCAAGUGCCUAGUAUUACUCUACUAUCUAAGGGGAAAGAGGUUUAAUUAUACGCCAAUCCUAAUAAAAUAACAUCCGC